CAGCGCAGGUCAGUAGCUGUGUGCUGCUGCUGCUUCUGAGAGGACGCGAAGGAGAGGAAGAAGGAGUAACUGUCCGCUAGAAAUGUUAAUCUAAAUGUUCCUGCCACAUGAAAUCCCAGAAGAACGGUAAAAUCAACAUACGAAGCGACUGGGGCAGUUCCGUUAGUCUCUCUUCUGACGCUGGCUCACAAACGUCUCUUAACAUUGUUUUGGAGGCCUGUUGCUAACUACGGGAAAUCCUCGGGUUAGCCCGGUAGACACCGAGCCGAAAGAGGACUCAGGCGAGCCGGAGCUAGAGCGUCGUGGUCUGGUGUGGUCGAAGCUGGUGUCUCUAUUUUACACGUAAACGAAGACGGGACCUCUCCUGCUCCGUGCCGGAUAUAAAUCAACGUAACGCGAGACGAUUCUAGUUUGACAGCUAGCUAACAUUAGCUUUGUCUCCUGUGUUUACAAGCCAAGUCGGUUGUUAUCUACUUCUUAGGAUUGACUAUAUUUGCUCUUUUGGCCUUGUACUUUAAUCUAAAGUGUGAAGGUCGCGAGCUCGACAUCAAGAUCAAAAGGUGUCCGAGCUAAAGUUACCACAUCUGUUUAUCUACCGCAGCGCAAAGUUUGUUAGCCUGUUGGAUACUUAUGAUCAGUCUCGUUGCUUUGUCUUCACUGAACUUAAGUGUUUGAAUGUCAGAGAAAGUUAAAUAAUUAGUUCAACUAUUAAGUCGCGUAUCGAUUUGUUUAUUAUAACAAAGAGUGUUCAGAAGAAAUUGGCAUAAACUGAGUUGAUUAAUGAAAGCAUCUUUGCUCAUUUGAAUAUCCCGGAUGAAGGAUCAAAGAGAGGUGUGGACACUGAUGCUGCCAGGUGUCUCUUGUUCUGCUUGGCAUUAUUAAUCUUGCACCAGCAUCCAACAUCUGCUGCACCAGGAGCAACGCUUCUGCUUGAGCUGAUCUGCUCAAGAAGGAACAUCUUCACAACAGACCACAAUGAAUCGUUACCUGCCAGUGGCAAGGCAGCACUUCCUUGCUGCUCUUGCCAGCACCAGUGUAGUGGUGAAAACUAUAAGUGCUGUGGUAAUACUCCUGUACCUGUUGUCAUGGGCUGUUGACACUCCAUACUCACUGGGGGUGACCCCGGGAUACCUUUUUCCACCCAAUUUCUGGGUGUGGACACUGGUGACGCAUGGGGUGGUGGAGCAGCAUUUCUGGGGUGUGGCAGCCAAUGUGGGGACAGUCCUGGCCUGUGGGCGUCUCCUGGAGCCUCUGUGGGGUGCCCUGGAGCUCCUGAUCUUUUUUGCAGUGGUUAAUGUGUCUGCAGGCCUCCUGGCAGGACUCUCCUACCUCCUCACCUAUGUGGCCACCUUUGACCUGGACUUCUUGUUUGCUGUGCGCGUCCAUGGAGCUGCCGGGUUCCUUGGAGGUGUCCUAGUAGCACUGAAACAAACCAUGGGGGAUACUACAGUGCUCAGAGUGCCGCAGGUGAGACUCAAAGCAGCCCCAGCGUUGGUCCUCCUCCUCUUGGCCUUACUGCGUCUCUCUGGGCUGCUUGACAGUGCCGCCCCUCUGGCUGGGUACAGCUACGGUGCCCUUUCUGGCUGGGUCUACCUGCGUUUCUACCAGAGGCACAGUCGGGGUCGCGGGGACAUGUCUGACCACUUUGCCUUUGCAAGUUUCUUCCCUGAGGCGCUCCAGCCGGCCGUGGGGCUGUUGGCAGGGCUGGUACAUGCAGGUCUGGUGAAGUUGAAAGUGUGCAGGAAGAUGGUGAAGCGAUACGAUGUUGGGGCGCCCUCUUCCAUCACUAUCAGCCUGCCAGGGACAGACCCACAAGAUGCCGAGAGGAGGAGACAACUGGCCCUCAAAGCUCUGAACGAGCGUCUAAAGCGGGUGGAGGACCAGAGUGCAUGGCCCAGCAUGGAUGACGAGGAAGAUGAUGACGAGGACGAGGUCAGAACUGACAUGCAGCCUCUCCUACCAGGUGGGCGUGACCCCUCCGCCUCCUCUAUGUUGAGACCAGCAGGGGGAAACAUAGGCACUUCUCUUGCCUCCUCCUCCUCAUCCUCCUUGUCACAGAGUGGCGGAGCACCAUCCCCAGGCGGAGCACAGCACCCAGAGUCCAGCAUUAUCAGCUUCGAGGAUGCGCCAUCCAGAUCGUAACAAAUAGAACGGGCACGAGUACGGAUAUUCACGGCGUGUUUGAUGUCACUGGCAGGUACUAGCGUUCAGUGUCUCUGGCUAGUAAACUAAUAUAUUUGGUGUCAGCGAUUAGGCAUACUCUCAGUAUCACACACAAAAAAACGACACCUUUGACCAGUUCAUACACAGCAGUCGUGUGCAUACAAACACUCUGUUAAAGUCACCAUGAAGCUCAGAGGGUUGAUAACUGUACAGCGCUUUCAGUUUGUUCGACAUUUUGGUUAUAGAUGCUCAGUGACACUUCAUUCUCUCUUGUCCAGUCUUAAUGCUGACUUGCGGAGUUCGGUCCACUGCUUCGUGUAUCUCUCUUGGUUUCUAAGUAAAUAACAAAAUGGGUUUACAAUAUUCUCUUUGUAAGUCGUGCUAAGAGCAGCCCAUAUUCUUCUCUGAUUGCUUGCUACAAGAAAGUCUUCAGUGACAGACUCGUAAUUUUUGAUUCUAGAUGAAAUGCCAACUAUUCGUGCACCGGUUUGUUAAGUGCUAAAGUGACUUUCGCGUUGGGUUUACUGGUUCAUUUGGAAAGCAUGUGGACCAGGGGAAAGACGCUGCUGCAGGUCUGACCUGCUGAAGAACUAUGAUACACACUUCAAGCUUUGAAGAGUUGCCAGGUGGGUCUCUGGAACCGCAGGCAAAGAAAUUGACUGUGUAAUCUUUCUUUUCUUUUUCUUUUUUUUCUUAACUGUUGCUCAGUUGAAAUCUUUAAGCUAUUUUUUUUCUCCACCAUGUUCAUCCUUGAAGAAAAUCAAGAAAACAAACUUUGUAUCUGUGCUUUAACAGGAAAUGUAAAGGGUGUUACUCUCAUACACAGAUCUGCAGGUGAUCAUUAUAAUCCCAGUGAAUAGUGAGUUGCAGAUUCAUAGUUUGUAACCGACGUGUCAGACACUGAAUGAUGAAGAUAAAUGACUUCAUAGACACAGGUGACUUGGUCACGUCUCGCAUCUAAACUUGCAGUGCUCGGCUGAGGGCAGGGAUGAAUCAUUUCUUCGAGAAGUUGAAGAGCAAUUGAAAUGAUUAAAAUGAAUCACAAAUUCCUUGCGACGGAGAAGGUUAGUGAUACAGUUGUUUUUCGGGCGGCAGUCACUGUACCGUCAUAUGAUCAUGGCACCUAUCCUAGUUUUUCCUUGUUGAUUAAGUCGUUCACAGCCACUAAAUUAUUCUAGAUGGUGAGAAACUGAAGUGUGAGCCUGUGAUCACAAGGUUAAAAGUGGCUGCAAUUUAGAUGAGAAAUGGCACCUCUCUACAUAGUGCACAUAGGUAAUUGUUUAUUGAGGUGACAUUAAAGCCAUCCUCGGUCCUUUAAAUGCAAACUCAAUCUUAAGCUGUCUUUCUGGAAGAACAAGCUGAGUAAAUUAGGUUUCAGGUUGGCUGGGAAGCCAAAUUUCACAAACUAAAAAGACAUACAUGCAUACAUACAUUACAGCACCUUGCAUACAGAGGACUGAGAAGCAAUAUGACAUUUUGGGAACUGCUCAGAAUGUUUGGAUUAAAUCAAGAAAGAUACCAUUACAUGUUUAAGUCAGAUAUAUUGCGGUUUAUUUCAUAUUCAGAAAUGAGUUUUGUGCAGACUAAUCUUGGAGUGGCCUUACUGAUGUUUGUAUUUUCACCCACCGAGGGGGCAUGCAGUAAAAUCACAUUGACCAAAAGACCAAAAUCAGCAAAUCAAAUGGAACAAAAGGCGGGGAAGGUUAUUUAUUAUUACCUUCAUGUGUUCUUGUUUUAACCAGCAGCUGGGAUUGGAUUUAAAAUCAGCAGAACUUAAACAAACCUCCAGCUAUUGUGAUCCGAGUUAAACACAAAACAACAGUUCACACGGGACAAUGUAGAGCUACGGAAAUAUCCUGCAUCCAUCCAUCCAGAAUGCUGAGAUAAUCAAGGCAGUGGUUUUAACUUCUUCUACUCUGGGAGCAUAAUCUAAAUAAGAACUACAAAUUCAGAUUAAAUAUAUAGAGGAAGGGUUUGCUUUUAACUGAUGGAAAUGUGUUGUAUUAGGGAAGUAAUAAGCCAUAUUAGUGAGAUGAAUCUUUGUGAUCUGUCCUGUGUCUCUCCCUGUUCCUUCCUCUCUGUGCUCUUCUUAGCAGAUGUUUACGUUGGAUGAGUGGAGCCAUUCUUUAAGUAAAUAUGGAUGAAUGAUAGUAUUUAAAAGGAUGAAUGAAUGGACAGACUUGUCUUUCUAAUGCAGUUUCACUGUGGAGAAGGUUGAGCUUCAGUCAAAUAUCUGAAAUCUUAAACUGCCUCCUUCCCUCAAAAGUAUUCACAGUAGAGAUGGAGGAAAAUGGUCAAAACAAAUAUGAAGAGAAGCUGCUGAUAAAAACAUUACAAUCACAGUUCAUGUUUUCAUUCGCAUACAUUUUUUGUCUUUUGAGCUCAGCGGAGCCUGCAUCACACAACACGUCGUAACAUGGACGCAUGCUGAGAAAAGGUGUGAAGUUGUGAAAUAUGGUCAAAUGUUGUUUUAUGAUGUAGCAAAAGGUGCAGGGGUAUUUAAUACUGUCUGCUGCAUGGGUAAUCUGACUUUUAUCCUCCAACAGCCCCUGUUCUGUCUUCUUAUUUUGUCAUUGUACCUCUAUAUUCAGAUUUGUUCUGUUCUGAACAUGCUCAUAGAGAAGUUAGGAGUGUAGUCACAAACUGUCCGUAUGAACAGUGCCACUGUUUAGUACAUACAAAAGUUACAUGUAAAGAAUUAUGUUCACAAGCAGUAGUUAUGACACUUCAGUGGCCAAUGAAAGCGCACCAAAAUGCUGUCGUAGCAGCUUGGUGACAAACCAUUGUUUGCAAAAGUGUAUUUUUUUCCCCCCAUACAUCAGUAUCGUGUCAUUACAUUUUAUUUGUUUUUUUUGUUUUUUUAUUAUUUAUUAAGUAUAAUUGGUCAAAAAAUGGCUGUGGGGUUAACACCAGUGUCCAUGAUUUGUAGUUCUCUGUUUAUCUGAUUCAAACUGAUUAUAGUGCUCUGACUUAUGUUGGCAAAGCUGGACAUUGAAACAUUUUUCUCUGAUUACAAAAAAUUCUUUCCACAGGUUGUGACCCUACUUUUGCACCAACAGACCUUGUUGACACUAAUGACAGUCUCUCUCUCUCUUUCUCUGUACUGUGGCUGUUCCACAGAUUUCUCUUGUUGUAGUUUUCAGAUAUAUUUCUUUAUCUCUGUACAAAUUAAAAGAUGAUUGUAUGAAA